CCGCCUGGGCGCCAGAGGCCGCUGCUGAUAGGGGGACAGGCCGCCAAUGGCAGCCCCCGGAGAAGAGGAAGCCUCUGAGGCGUGUGGGACGACAGGCCACGUCUGCGCGCGGAGAGGCGCCAGAGAGCGAGUCCUGAGAGCGGAGGCGGGGGGCGCAGCAAGUGACUGCGAAGGAAUGGCCCAGCAACAGCCAGCCCCGCGGAGCUCCCGGCAGCCCGCGUACAUCCACGCCCUGCCCGCCUGCGUGCUGGAGGACUUCUGCCAGAAGAUGGACUGUCUGAACGACUACGACUGGAUGCGCUUCGCCUCCUAUGUGAUAACUGAUCAGACAGAGCUGCGGAAAAUCAAGUGCAUGGAGAAGACGGGAAUCAGCAUAACGAGAGAGCUCAUGUGGUGGUGGGGAGUGAGGCUAGCAACAGUCCAACAGUUACUGGAACUUCUCCAAGCACUGCAGCUCUACCGAGCAGCACAAGUAAUUCUGGACUGGGUAUCUGUCUCUGAUAUUACUAAUCCUGCCAGAGUGCCAUUAGUGUCACCUAAACAGGAGAACAUACUCUGUUAUCCCACAGAAAACAAAAAUAAAGCCAAAGAAAAUGAGAUUGGACCAUCACCAGACUUACCACACUUGCAUGUGUUAGCAGCACCUAAUCCAGUUUCUGGAGGAAUCUCAGACUCACUCCCCUAUCCACUACCUCCCCCAGAGGACCUUAUGCACUCCCUACAAUCAAAUCCUCCUCGUUCAUCGAGUGUGAAGCCCUGUGGUUCUUCCACUCCUCAGCAGGAACCGAUUGCUCAUCUCCCUAGUGGGAGCCUUUUGUGGACCCAGGGGGAAGUGAUAAAUGCUACCAAUGGUUUCAGUGAGGAGAACCGAAUUAAUGAAGGUAUUUUUGCUGAGGUCUACAAAGGUCAGAGAUACAAUGCAGUAUACGUCAUUAAAAGGCUCAAAGAGAUGGAAUGUGCAAGCCAGAAUUCAACACGAAGAUUCUUUCAUACAGAAGUACAGAUUUGCUUUCGGUGUUGUCACAUUAACAUUUUACAACUAGUGGGUUUCUCGCUAGAAAAUGGAUAUCACUGUCUGAUAUACCCCUACAUGGAUAAUGGAUCACUUGAAAACAGACUACAGUGUCAAGUUGGUUCCAUUCCAUUAACAUGGGAGAAACGCAUCACAAUUUCUAUAGGACUUAUCCGAGCCAUUCAGUAUCUCCAUAAGUUUGGGAUUCUGCAUGGGAAUGUCAAGAGCUCCAAUGUUUUGCUGGAUGAAAACUUCACACCAAAACUUGGACAUUCAGGUCUCCGACUAUAUUCUGUGGAAAAAAAAUCAGACUAUGCUAUGAUGAAAACCAAAGUUUUACAAGCUUCUCUCACUUACCUGCCAGAAGAUUUUGUCAGGCAUGGACAGCUAACACAAAAAAUUGACAUCUUUGGUUGUGGAAUAGUUUUAGCAGAGAUGCUGACGGGCACUAAGGCAAUGGAUGAAGAAAGAACCCCUAUUUAUCUGAAAGAUGUAAUUGCUGAUGAAAUUCAAACCGCAAAAGCAAGUUCAUGCUCCAAGCACAAAACCUUUGAAAAUCUUGCUGCCAAAGAAAUAUGCUGUAAAUAUAUGGACAGGAAGGUGGGACACUUGCCAUCAGAAAUUGCUGUUCACUUUGCCACUGCCAUCUGCCUUUGUCUGCGGAAAAAGAAUCCUGACAUAGCAGAGGUGCAUGAAAUGAUGGAAAUGGCUGAACAUAAAAUUAGAGAUCACAGCCUUCUUGAAGGCAGCACUUUUUCUGGAUUCUCCAUUAAUACCCCAGAAGAAACAGAUGACGAGACAGCUAGUCACAAUUAUGGUUCUUCAGGUGAUAGCAGUGAGGACAGUGCAACAGCAAGGCCUCUGAAGUAUGUAAAUUCAUCCCCACCUUUACUAAGAGUCAUACCACCUGAAAUGUACAAUGAACAGAUGUCACGGGUCCCUUGCGAAUCGGAUGAAUCGAGUAGUUUUGUAUGGGAUCCUGAGGAGGGUUCUGCAUAUGGCCCACCUAGCAGUAGCUGUACUGAUCCAGAAAAUGCCACAUCCUCUCAUUCCGGGAGAAAUGCUGAAAUAUGUACUGGUGGCUUCCAAGAAGACUAUGUGGCAUCCAGUGAAAAUAAAAAGACUUUGGAAAUGGUAUCUCCUGCAGAAAGAAUGGUUUCUUCAACCAAUGCAAACCUUGACCCUUCAUGUUCUUCACAAGGAUUAGCCAAAGAAACUUCUUGGGAAAUAAAGAUCAAUGAUAAAAAAAAGAAGCUUAUGGAAAAUAUUUUACUAUAUGAGGAACAAAUGUUAAACAGCUCUGAACUCUUUGAAUCUCAGAUAUGACUGAAUUAUCAGCAGUGGCAUCUUGGAAGAAGAAGAAAUUGGGAAUCUUUUUCUGGUGGCAAAAUGGUAAAAGCUAAACCACACACUUCAUGUAAGGUUAAGUAGUAUGUUUUCAACAGACGUGUUAACUCUCUUUGGAGAAAAAGAAUAGCCACAUCUCAGUGGUUCCAAGAGAAUGUCUGUUACAGUGUGGAUUAAAGCAGAAUGCAACUUUUAUGAUCAGAAAAAUUAGCAUCGUCAUCUUUCUCCUUGCCUUACUGUGCUGAAAAAAAAUAAAAAUUGGCAAACUGAGACAAUUGCCUGAAUUGGCUUAGGGCAAGCUCUGUUUUGUACUGGACUUCAUAAAGCAUUUGUGUACAUUAUGUUUCUUUUACAAAAAAUUAGGAUCCUGGACACUCUACAGCAGGCAUUCAUUACAUACUAGUUGGCAGUACUCUAAUAUCCAUUGCAUCUAGCAUAUACACAGGGUGAUCAAUGGGAACUAUUUUCAUUUUUUCAAAACAAAGUAAAUAAAAAGGUACCUAGUUUCAUAUAAUCCUAUUCCACAUUCUCCAUUGCACUCCAUAUCCUAGAUGAUGUGAUGGAAAGGAAAGCAUAAGGAAAUAAAACUUUAUAAUAGGGAAAAAAGGACCUUCAGAACCAUAUAGCUCAGCUUUCUGCUGUGCAUAACUGCUAUUUCUGGGCCUGAUGUUUCUAAUAUAUACUUGGGGAAAAUUCCCAUUACAAUUUGAGCAAGCAAGGAAUGCAGGAUUGGGCCUGGUAUGUGAUUCUUCCCUUUGGAAUUAUGGAAAGAUGUAAUUUUCUUAGAUGUACAGUAAGGUCUCCACAUUCAAGUGCCUCUUGAGGACCUAGUUCUAUGAAGAUUUCCAAAGAAACUACCCCACUGACAAUGGUAGGAGGAACUGUGGUAGACUAUGUAUCUUUUUUUUUAAAAAAUUGCUCUUGUCCAAAUACUGCCUUGCCAAAGUGUGGCAAGGCCAAGUGUCAACUUGCAUGAUCUGCCCCAGUCUGCUACUUUUCAGUUGCCUAGGGUGUUUUGUAUGUUUUCUUUGGUCUUUUUAUUGUGCAUUCUUGCAUUGGUAGCAGAUUUGAGUGGGUGUCCAUUCAGGUAUAGCAGUCCAUCCACACAUUUAAGAACAUCAGAGUGGCCAUAGUGGGUGAGACCAAAGGUCCAUCUAGCCCAGUAUCCUGUCUUCCAACAAUGGCCAAUGCCAGAUGCCCCAGAGGGC